AUGCCCCUCCUCCAUGCGGGCUCAGCCCUACUGGUGCUCCUGCUCAUACUCCCGCAAGUUCAUGCCUUCGGAGCAGGAAACAUCGCCUCGAUCUCCACUGUCGAAGGCAAGAACUGGCGCCAUGGCGACAUUGAAGAUGUUCUCAAGACGCUGGCUUUCAUCCACGGCCAUAAAUGGACCUCCACCAUGAUGAAGCGUGUGUAUUUCGGCAACUGGUUGCGCGAUUACUCACAAGCAAUGGAUGUUGGCACCCUUAAAAAUCUGCAGGCCGAUACUAUCCGCAUCCUGGUGUGGGUCCUCUCAUUCUUGAGCUUCGGCUAUGCCACCGGUGAAUUCGAAGUUACUUCAGAUCGGCUGGGCGUCUACCGUCCUGAGGAACAUAUCGAUAACCCUAAGGACUAUGCCGAUAACGAAGAUGCACGCCAAUAUGACAAGCGGUUGCGGCCACCCGUGCGCGCCGUCGAGCUCGAAAUCGACCCUCAGACCGGUAUGAAAAACUAUAUUGCCAAUGAGCGAGGCGAUUGGGCCACUAGCUCGGCUUUUAUCAAGUUCAGUCUGAGCCGAAGCAUCCACUAUGGACGGACUUACACCAAUGGCGGACACAAUAAGGGCAAGGAAGAGGACUUGUGUGAAGCACUCCGGUGUUUGGGCCAGGGACUGCACACACUGGAGGAUUUCGCUGCACACACCAACUACGUUGAGCUGGUGUUGCGCGAGAUGGGUUUCCACAAUGUGUUCCCGCACACGGGUACAGCUACUCAGAUCAACCUUCAAGGACGUCGCGUUUUCCCUCUGAUCACUGGAACAUUUGGUAUGGUCGACUUCUUCCAUUCUGUUCUGGGAGAAGCACAUGAUCAUUUCACACAGUCGGAGGUCAACGAGAUGGAUAUCGCGCUUGGUAAUGCUGAAUCAAGUGCUCAGUCGAACAACUCCCUCGGGGCCCUAGCUGGACUAUUAGGCAAGAUCCCCGGUACUAGGGAUCUUGUCGAUGAGGCUGAGAACCUCAAGAGGGCAUCGGCGGCUCAAGCGACGGCCAACCGGAGCCGCAGUGCUGCCAUGUCUCAUGGGCAGUCUACUUCUCAUGGCUACGAGCGGUCCCGUGCUGGUCCGAAUGAGCCUUCGAGUGGUAAUUCCCAGCCCAGCUCUGGCCUUGAUGGCCUGCCCGAUUUCAACCCUCAAGAAACGGUGGCCAAGAUCUAUCCUAUCCUGGCCUUCCGGGAUAAGGUCAUGCGGAGCUUGAACUCUAUUAUUGAGAAGAUUCCAGGAUUGGAGUCGCUUGUAGAGAAGAUCUCUGAGACCCUGACCAUCGUCAUCAUGUCGUUGCUUGCACCUUUCAUCCGACCUUUGAUCAAGGCCGCUUCCAACUCCCUGCAAACCGGAUCAUCAGGUGUCAUUGAUGCGUCUGGCAAGCACCAGUAUGAGCCAUGGACCGAUCCUCACUGCACAGACCCUACCCACUCUCUACUCUCCAAGGACCACUUCGCCAACAUUCUGAAUGAGCCCGCCGGACGGGUCGCCUCUGCAAUUGUGGAAUACAUCGCGCCUCGUAUUCUGUAUGCUUGGCAACACAUCGAUGUCUCCGAGAACGAGGUCCUCGAGGAUUGCUUGCAGGUCUUCCAUCACCCGGCACUGCGCAAUAUGCGCAACGAUGCCCACCGUUCAAUGUUCGAGGCUGUCGAGAAAUGGGCCCGUGCUCGCCCAGACCGUGGUGCUUCCCUCGAUUCCAUCCUCAACUCCGAGGGCGUGCGAAACGGUCGUAACACUGGUGGAGUGAGCCACACACAUAGUGGCGAACAUGCCGGAUUCCCCAUUUUGGGUGGGGCGGCUGCUGCCUCUCACGGCCAAAGUCAGGGCCAUAAUCAAAGCCACGGAAGCCAUGGACACGGUAACAAUGGUGGUCAUUCAUCCGGCGGAUUUUCCUCAUUCUUUUCUCAGCAAACUCAACAGUCAAGCGGCAACUCGCCCGGGGUGCCCUGGGAUAAGCUUUCCAGCCUCCCUAUCCCAGGCAUCUCUAACUUAAGCAAAUUCUCCGGUCUCCUUUCUGGCGGUUUGACGCGUGAUGAACCCGAUUCAACCCCCCAACAGACCCAACAUAGCUCAUACCAGAGUCAUCAGGGUGGUGGUGGAUACGAACCCUCGCACUCUCCACAGCCGCACGGCGGCUAUCAGCAGCCUCAGUACGCUCCUCCACCAAGCCAUGGCUAUCAGGAGAAUCGACAGCAUGAGCAGCACUAUGGAGGCUCUCAGAGCUCUUCGUACUACACACAGCAAGAGCAUCAUUCUGGAUAUGCACCACCGCAUGCUCCUCACAAUCCCCCACACCAAGGCUCUCACCCGGGUCCUCACGGUGGGCAUGGCCAGGGACAACACCAGGGUCAUGGCUAUGGAAAUGCACAUGGCUAUGGUCAACCGAGAUAUUGA